AUGCUUGAGAUUCAGGCCACGGAGGACCAGUAUAGUCCGCCGGCGGUCGAUCACAACACCACCAAGUCGCCCGUGGCAUCGCCCGAGAAAUCCAAUGGAUCAGUCAAGAACUCUCCCAUGGGCCCGGUUGUCGUCUUCAUCGCGCGUGCCUCUGACUUGAGUGACCACAACUAUCCAGGCACAGUGUUGAACACCAUUCAGAUGCAUGCAUACCUGCGCGGCCUCCUGGUGAUUAUGUCCGCCGAGCAUCGCAAGGUUUAUGGGAAUCUCGGAUCACGUCCCCAGAAGAUUCAAACAGUCAUCCACCCAGCCAACAGCAAGAUGUCGAUCUCUUGCCGCACCACCAAGUUCCUUGCAGGUGCAAUGGAAGAGGCACGCGACACCAAGUCUGAGUGCAUCUUUGUGCUCAACAACUGGGAUGCCUGGACAACCGACAUUCCCACUGUGGCCGAAAUGUGCGAGAAGUUCACUGAAGUGCCUUUCACUCUGCGCGUGUGGGCCAAUGGCCACGGAGUUGCGCGUGAAUUCUAUGAGGCCAACGCCCACAAGGCCAUUAACGUCUUGCGCCAACGCAUGGACAUCAAGGACGAGCGCGUUGCCAGUGAUCGUAACACGGCAUUGUUUGUUCGCAUGUUCGAGGCCCUGCACCGAGCUCACGACCUGUUUCCUCCCACUCUUAAGGAUCGCCAGGAUCUUGCGAAGUAUGACAGCCGUCUGGCUUAA